AUGUUAAAGAGGGGGUCGUUUAACAACACCCAUAUAAUACCCCUUGCCCUAACGUUAACCAUCGCCUCCAUCUACACACAACGCCUCCGAAUCGGGUUUUGUUGCUUGCGUUCUCUUCCAUCGCUGCUGCUUCUGUUGUCGAGCCAUCCCUUCCCUGCUCGCCGCCGGUAUCCCUCUCGUCUCCACCGGCCGGAGAUCGUCGCAGCCCAAAGUAAUGACCAGCAUGAAAUAAUAAAGAAUAACAAUCGUACAUGGACUGAAGGCAACAAGACCAACAACAAAAUGUCCUCUUUGUUGAGAACUAUUAAAGAAUCGCGUGAAAUUUCUAAACCAGUGAAGUUAAUUUUAGUGCAUCCCAGAUUGAUCAAAUGGACGAGAAUAUCAUCUGGCCGGUUCAUUUUCAUAGAUUGCUUCAAUGGAACUCAUCCACUUGCAUUUGUUCGGAUAUGGUACACAUCUUUGAUUUACAGGGCUGCAUGUAAAAACGCAGCAGAAAGAAGUGACUAAGGUGAAGAAGGUUGUGGAAUUAUCAUAUGAAACAGAGUUUAGAAUUUAGAAGAAGAAGACGCGCGGCCCAUUCUUGCCCAUUACGGCCUGUAAAUGCGUUGUUUUUCCAUUAGGGUUCAUAGUCCCCGUAUGAUGGUGAUGUUGCUGCCGUUAUAAGUAUACAGCUUGAUGUUGAUCUCAAUCUGUCCUGUUUUCUUUACUUGUCUUUCAUUUUCUUACAAAUUUUUUAAAUGUUAUGUUGAUUAAUUAUUCAAGUGCCGGAUCGAUGAUGCUUAUGAAGAAACUGCGUUAUCUAUCUGUAAAUUCCUUAAUCGGAUAUGAUGAUAGUUUAAACUUACUGAGAUCCUUCAUUUAAAUAAUAUCUAUCAAGUAUUUUAUUUCCCUCUAAGUAAUGAUUAGUUGAUUUUCCUCGGAUCCAUUUUGUGUUUUUAUACAAGUUGUAUUCACGAUUCGUCUAUAUCCUGGAUUGAUUAAAUUGCUUUUAUAUCUGAAUGAUUUAGUUUUUAGAUGUUUAUGUGGGAUUGGAAUUAGCAUCGAUGAUGAUAAUCAGACUUCGUCAUCCUUGCACUUUGAUUCAUAAUGAAGAAAACAACGGGGAAAGUAUUUCUGAGAUGCUUUUUCUUCUACAUUUACGUUGUUAAAUAUAUCAAUUUCUUUACUUGUUUAUUAAAAUCGAUCUGUUUUUGGAUGACUUUAGAGUUUAGAAUUUAGAAGAAGAUGCGCAGCCCAUUCUCGCCCAUUACGGCCUGUAAAUGCGUUGUUUUUCCAUUAGGGUUCAUAGUCCCCGUAUGAUGGUGAUGUUGCUGCCGUUAUAAGUAUACAGCUUGCGUUUUAAAUCUAUCAUAAAAAAAUCAUCAGGAUCCAUUCUUAAGUCGAUCGUAUGCUACUUGUUGUUGAUCUCAAUCCGUCCUGUUUUCUUUACUUGUCUUUCAUUUUGUUACAAAUUUUUUAAAUGUUAUGUUGAUUAAUUAUUCAAGUGCUGGAUCGAUGAUGCUUAUGAAGAAACUGCGUUAUCUAUCUGUAAAUUCCUUAAUCGGAUCUGAUGAUAGUUUAAACUUCCUGAGAUCCUUCAUUUAUAUAAUAUCUAUCACGUAUUUUAUUUCCCUCUACGUAAUGAUUAGUUGAAUUUCCUCGGUUCCAUUUUGUGUUUUUAUACGAGUUGUAUUCACGAUUCUUCUAUAUCCUGGUUUGAUUAAAUUGAUUUUAUAUCUGAACUAUUUAGUUUUUAGAUGUUUAUGUGGGAUUGGAAUUAGCAUCGAUGUUUAUGCUUUUUCUUUUACAUUUACGUUGCCAAAUAUUGUGCAUAGAUGUUUAUGCUUUUUCUUCUACAUUUACGUUGACAUCAUAAUCUUUUUGUUUUAUCUUAAAUCUGAAUAUUGUGCAUAAAGAAGUAAACACUAAGAGAUGAAAGAACGGGGUCAAACAUUAAAGAAAAUAAUUAUUUUAAGGGAAAUCUCCUGAAAAGUCCCAAUAUUUUCAAAAAAGUUACACUUUAGUCCAAAGAUUUUUUUUUGAACGAAAAAGUCCUAAAAACCGGCAAAAUUUUGCAGUUUGACCGUUUUUUGACCGGUACCAAAUUAAUUUGGGACUAAAGUAACCCAAAAUAUUGAGAUUUUUUUGUAAACAAAAAUAUUAUGAUUUUUCUGCAAUCAAAACCCUUAUUAUUAUUAUUAUUAUUAUUAUUAUUAUUAAUUCUCAAAGGGUUUAGGACUUUGCAUCCAUAACAAUGAGUGGAGGAGAAAGAGGGCAUUUGCAAGAAUAAGAGGACAUGAUGUCACUCUUUUUCUCAACACCAAGAGCAUUCAUAACAUUACGGGAUGAUUCUAGCUCUUGCAAACUCUGGAGAAAGGAGGUGCAAAUAAAUCUUAGAUAGGCCUGAAAGGCAGAUAAAAGAGAGA